AUGUCUCCAAAAAAGCACUCAUUUGGCUACUCUUACCUCAUUGCCGGAAUACCGGUUGGAUACAAAGGCGAUGUAAACGGGAUCAUAUCGGCGGAAACGCAGCAUUCGUCGAAGUUGGCGCGCGCAUGGUACCAUGUUGAUGCGAUCGACUAUUUGGAGCGGGGCCAUGCCUGGCUUGGGCUUCGAGGAAAGCUGGACAAUUACCUCAGGUCUCAGGGAGCGGAUCCUGCCGACUUUCCACAUGCCUAUCUCUUGACGGCAGCUAGAUUUCUGGGAUACCACUUCAACCCCGUGUCCUUCUGGUAUCUCUACUCGGCUGACAAAAUCUUGACGGCAAUCGUGCUAGAGGUCAACAACACUUUUGGCGAGAGACGGCCUUAUUUUCUUCUACGAGACUUUGCUGGCGAGGCCAAGCACCUCUCCGACCGCGAAGGUGUCUCCCGUGCCGCGCGUAUUCGGGGCACCGUAGCUAAGGACUUCCACGUGUCGCCGUUUAACUCGCGCAAAGGGAUUUACUCGGUCCUUGCAGGGGAUCCUCUUGGGCCUGGCAUGCAGGGCUUUCGAGGCAUUGAUGUUACCAUCAAUCUAGCCUCUUCCAAGGGUCAUCCGAAGCUUGUCGCCCGCCUGUUCUCAGAGGGCGAUGCGAUCGAUCCGUCGGCCAUGGAUUUCCUCCAAAAGACAAGGUUCUUGAUGAGCUGGUUCUGGGUCGGGUUUGUGACCAUGCCGCGAAUUGUCAAGGAAGCCGCUGUCCUGUUCUACAGGCACAAGCUCCAUGUCUGGUACCGUCCCGAGCCGCUCAAAGAAAGUCUUGGAAGGCACGCAGACAGCUCCGAGAGGAACCUGGAGGCGGCGUUCCGCGAAUAUCUGAAAUUUCGCGUCCGAUGUUCACCAAACCCUGUUUCGGUAACAUAUAUCCCCAGUGGCAUCACCGAUAUUUCCAAGGAAACCUAUAUCUCUGAAGGAACGGCUGAGAGACCGACCGGAGAGGUUGACCAGGUUGAGAUCAGAGUUCUUACACCAAUCUUCUACACGCGGUUUGUUCGCUACGCGCAUGACUUCGAAGGCAUUUUCAGCGAGCUCACGGAGAGCGGGACAGUUUGGGUGGACAAACCACAGGUCCUGCCCGGCAUAUUCUUGAAAAAGGGCGCGCCACCAUUGCACGCGUCGGGACUCGUUGAUUUUGCAUCCUUCAAGCUGAUUCAGAGGCUUCGUCAGAGGCCGAAACGAAUCCCAUUUGCCCCAACCUCGGUCGACCCGCCCGGUCCGCCCGGGUCUCGGGUUGUCGAUAUCCGCGACUUUCGCAUCUCCUCUAUGGAUGCGUACAUCUUGGCACAUGCCAGCGACAAGGUGAAGCGUGAGUAUCGGUCGGCGGUGCUCCGCUUAGUGACAUCGGAUAGGUACAUGUUUGGCAGCACGGAGCUUCUUGCAGCGACCCUGUUUUGUCUGCGCGUGGGGAUCUGCUGUUUGUCAGGCUCCUUAUUGAACAGCUUCCUCUUUGGCAUAUGA